AUGACAUACCUCGGAACUUCAGACGGUGGACACGGCAACAUUUUCAUGCGGGAAAACAAUUCAAUGUUUACCGCAGCACAUGCGCUGUUUGAUGAGAACCUCUUUCCUCGGUGCUCUGAGUCAAACAGACACAGGUCUAACCGACUUCCUCGUCGGAAAGAUCCACAACCCACCAUCCCACCCGAUGAUGAUGGCGAUGUUCCACCUCAUCAACACUAUCCUCCUGAAAGGAGACCGGAUCCGGAGCAAGACGUUGCACCACCCGCUGCACCACAGCGUGAUCCGAGUCCGCCGCCACAACCCCGGAAUGAACCACCUGCUCCCUUACCAGAGCCUAGGCAGUCAAAUGAUCAGAAUCAGGUUCCCGGACCUAGUUCUGAGCCAAACACCUCUGGCCACGGCGAACCUUCGGUAGCUCCCGGUGACGAAGCUGGUAUCCUGGCUAGACUAUGUCGGGAAGGGGGAGCCGAAUUGAUACAUUUUCUCAUGGCUAAAGCUGUCCCACUUGAGGGGGAGUUUAGGCCCGCUGAGAACGUCCGAGAAUGGACGUACAAGGACAUAGCUCGCUUACCCAAAGCUGAGCGGG